UCAGUUCAAGCAGUUCAAGUGGUUACUGAAGCAGGAUUACAUCCUGGAAGGCUUUUCAGCUAUCCCAGUGGCUCAGUUGGAGAAGGCAGACAGGCAGGACACCGUGGAUCGGAUGGUGGAAAAAUAUCAGGGUCCUGGAGCUCUGAAGAUGGUGCUCACAAAGACAAUAACAGAAAGAAGCCCAAGCUGAAGAGCGUCCAGCAGUUUGCAGUAGAUGUGACUCUGGAUCCUGAUACAGCACAUCCUAAUCUCAUCCUGUCUAGUGAUCGGAAACAAGUACAUCAUGGUGAUGUGAGGAAGAAACUACCAAACAACCCUGAGAGAUUUAACAGAUGUGUGAACAUCUUAGGAAACCAGAGUUUCUCUUCAGGAAGAUUUUACUUUGAGGUUCAGGUUAAAGGGAAGACUGCCUGGGAUUUGGGAGUGGCCAAAGAGUCGAUCAAGAGAAAACAAAGUAUCACAGCAAGCCCAGAGAAUGGCUACUGGACUAUAAUGAUGAGGAAUGGAGAUGAGUAUGAAGCUAAUGAUGAUUGUCCAAUCUCUCUCUCUCUGACUCACCAUCCUCAAAGGGUGGGAGUGUUUGUAGAUUAUGACGAAGGUCUGGUCUGCUUUUAUGACGUAGAUAAUGCAGAUCUUCUCUACUCCUUUGCCGGCUGCUCCUUCACUGAGAAACUCUACCCAUUCCUCAGUCCUUGUACUAAUGACUGUGGUAAAAACUCUGCCCCUCUGAUUAUCUCUCCGACCAAUCACCUACUGAACCUUAAGACACAGGAUUUCGGUGUUCUCAAAGAAGAACACGAAAGAAAGAAGGCUGAGCUGAAGAGCGUCCAGGAGUUUGCAGUGGAUGUGACUCUGGACCCUGAUACAGCACAUCCUAAUCUCAUCCUGUCUGGUGAUCGGAAACAAGUACAUCAUGGUGAUGUGAGGAAGAAACUACCAAACAACCCUGAGAGAUUUUACAGAUGUGUGAACAUCUUAGGAAACCAGAGUUUCUCUUCAGGAAGAUUUUACUUUGAGGUUCAGGUUAAAGGGAAGACUGCCUGGACUUUAGGAGUUGCCAAAGAGUCGAUUGAAAGAAAAGGAAAUAUAACAACAACUCCAGAGGAUGGCUACUGGACUAUAAGGAUGAGGAAUGGAGAUGAGUACACAGCUAAUGAUGAUGAUCCGGUCUCUCUCUCUCUGAAUCACCAUCCUCAGAAGGUGGGAGUGUUUGUGGAUUAUGAGGAGGGUCUGGUUUCUUUUUAUGACGUAGAUGCUGCAGAUCGUCUCUACGCCUUUACUGACUGCUCCUUCACUGAGAAACUCCUUCCAUACUUUAGUCCUUGUACUAAUAACAAUGGUGAAAACUCUGCCCCCUUGAUCAUUUGUCCUGUUAAUCAUUUGUAAACGAUUAAUCACACUUGUAUUUACUGGUGUUCUCAGUUAUUCUAGUUGAUUGCUUAGCUUGAAGUUGGUCAGAGUUGCUGUGAAUCACGGUCAGUACCUAUGAGAAUAAUGAAGGUCUACAUUGUAUCACCUUAAAGUAGCCAGUGGAGUUUUUGAAGCACUUGCGGUGCAGGUCCGACUUUUGUUAGUAUCUUGUACUUUAUUAACACAUGAGAACACACAUGUACGCAUACCACUUCUAUCAAAUGAAAAGCUGGCUAUACAGUAUAGAGACAGAGCACAUUGUGUCAUACUCCGACAACCACGCCCACCGGAGUUAAAAACAAUCAGCGCCAUAAUAUGCAACUAAGGGUUGAAACGCUAACAGUCUCUGGUGAAUUUGGUUAAUGCUUCAUUCGUUUGUUUCUAUUUUUGAUGUAUUUACUACUUUUACCAUUGUAAACGCAUUCUCCACUUUGACUUAUCAA